AUGCCAUGCUUCCACGGCUUAGCCGUCAGCAUCCACACGCCUGACGGCCCUUUGCCCGAGUACUCUAUCCAGAAACAGUCAAAAUUCCACCGUAUCACCUCCUACAUACCCGUCCCUCCGGCAAAGGUCCCAGAGCGUUCGACCACCAACAAGCCCGAGCAGUCGACUUUUGCUAUCUCCAUCACCCUUCUGACACCGGGCCAGAACGUCCCAUAUUCCACGCCGAAACCGACUCCUGAAGACCCCUACCCACGCCCGAAAAUUGUCGGCGGACUUCCAGGAUACGGGGGAGAGCGAGGGAAGUACGGACCAGUCAUCGGACCCUACAUACCUCUGACACAGUCAUCGAACGAGACGAUCGCGGCAUACAUAUAUUUCGAUGGGCGGGCGAAAGAGGAAGUGGCUACACUACUCCGACGUGGGGAAGAGACUUGGGUGAACUCGCGAUGGGUCAGUGUACCCGAAUCGGAAGGCGGCGGGCUCGCGGAGAGAGAGUUCUUAUUCCGGGAAGUUGGGCUAGAGCGCUGGUUAAACGGCUUGGAUCUUGAGGGCAAGGAUAAAGACAUAGCUGCCAGGAUCGAGCGGCGGCGGCAGCGGCUGGACAGGAAGAGGCGGCAGAAGAAAGAAGCGAAAGGAAGCGACGAGGAUAAUGAUAGCGACGUGGGUGGUCGUAGGGGUAAGCCGCUCGACCGAAACGGGGUGUUGCGGUAUGGUGAAGACAAGGCUGCGCCUGUGGAGAGCCUCUCAGGAGACGAAGGAUUGUUCACAUCAGACUCGGAUUCGGGUGAUGAGCCCCCGAUGCCCGAGGCUGCCGGUCAGAUCAAAGUCGCGCUAUACCGCGUGCUUGCCUCCGGCGAGAUUAAGAAAGGAGAAUAUUCGCCGCAAUUCGACGCACAUGAUGACGACGAGAAUUCAGCGCGAGAUGGGGACGGAGGCAACGGAGACGCAGACAUCGACCACACCACGAGCUUCGCUAAGCCGAAGACUCUUGAUCCCAAAUCUAUCAGCACACAGACGGUUACAGGCAUAGACCCUCCAAAUAAGCCAUACGCUGUUUUCACUUUCCUGUACAGAGGCGAACGACAACUAAGAAAGAUGGGCAUCCUUCAAAUUCCAGCCACAGAGCAGAAGACCCCCGCAUCCGCAAAGCGAAAAUCCGUAGGCCUAGACUUUAGCAGCAUCAAACCAUUGAAUUCUAGCGGUACGAAGAACUUCGCCGGCUACCGAGAGCCCUCAGGGACAAAAGCCAAGCCUAGCAAGAAGAACGGCGACGGCAUGAUGGACAGCGACAUCGAGGAUGAUGACGAGCAAAUUAUCGAAGAUGCAGAUGAUGUCGACAUCAAGACGGAAGACAAGGGGCUGUUGUCGCCAGAAGACGCUAUGCGGCAAGGCGAGAUUGCCGAAGGGGUGCGGAAGAUGAAGCUCAAACGCCAGCACUCAGCCGAGCCACUUAAUGCCGCAUCUCCAACGCCUAAGAAAGCCUCAUCAUCGAACAGUCCAACUGCAACCGGCUCAGGUACACCUCUGUCCGCAAGCCCGAACCCCGCUACCCUCACAACCUCAACGUCAGCGCUCGUAGAUGUACCCGGCCCGCUAAGCACAAAGCUGGACCUUCCACCCGAUGGCAUCGUCGCCAGCCCCUUCAAGAAGCAGCGAGCGAGUCUGCCAGGCUUUGACGAGAGCGUCAGAAAGAGUCUUGCGGAAUCACUCGCCGCAAGCGCUGUACAAGAAGAACCGAGCCAAGUGGUCAAGGCGGAGAUGGAUGAGGACGAGGAGUUGUGA